ACUCCAGCAUUGGCUUUUAAAAAAUAUGUCGCCUUUCUUCGAAUACUUCGCCUGCCUCUUGCUGUAUCUGCCGUUUACACAGGCAGCUUUGACCGUCACAGUCCCCGAAGGCCCAGUCCAAGCCAAACCGGGUUCUGAUGUCCUGCUGCCUUGUUACUUUGAGGACUCUUCUGGUCACAUAGAUCCCAAACGCCUGGCUGUGAUAUGGAGUGUGGGUACAAGAGAUAUUGCUAAGUAUGAAGAUAAGUUAGAAAUCUUUCACCCGGGGGCAAAGAUGUCUUCUGAAGGACUGCUGCGGGGAAACGCCAGCAUCUUGCUUCCAAAUGUUCAGGAUGCAGAUGGCACCACUUAUACUUGCUUUGUUAUCCACAGCCCUGACAGUGAAAAGAAGUUAAUAGAGUUGAGAGUGGAAGCUGCCCCACUUGUUAAACUUGGCUCCACAACAGUGCAGUUGACCAAGCCAAGCACGGUUGCAUGUAUAGCAACAGAUUUCUAUCCUGGCAAUAUAUCCAUGACGUGGUUCCGAAAUGAUAGGAUUGUGCAAGGCCCCGAAUGGCCUCCUGCUCAGCCCAGCACUGGCCAAUUGUUCAGAGCAGAAAGCCUCUUGAAGCUCACACCAGAAUUUUCGGAUGCCAACGCCAACUACUCUUGCCAAAUCCAUCACCAAGCACGCGAAGGGCCAGAGGUACUAAAAUUCCAGCUUCACUUGCAAGCUCAGCCUAUCCUUCAGCUCACCACAAUGCCACAGGGGGAGAAAUUUGUUGUAGCCGUGUGCAACCUGAGCAAAUUUUAUCCCUCUCAAAUCAAUGUUCAGUGGUUGCAAAACGGAGUGCCACAAGAGCAAAUAAAGUCGGAGGUCCACUGCAUGCAGAACAUGAUGUUUUCCAUCAACAGUGUCUUCUUCCCACAGAAGAAUGAUGUUGAAGUCACUUAUGUUUGUCGAGUAGAACAUGAAGCUUUGGAGACCCCAUUGGAACAGUCUGUCCAUUGGCGGCCAGAAGUUACUCCUACAAUUCCAUCAAUUCCAGUGGUUCCUUGGACGUUGGGAGUCAUUCUUGCACUUGUGUGUGGAUUUAUCCUUGGAGCUGGAAUAGUAUGCUGUAUAUGUAAAGCCAAGAACAAUUCAGUUACAGGAAUGUCCAGUGAGAAAAUGCCUCUUCAAAAGAUGGAUAAAGAGAAAUCAGCUGAAGUCUCAAACCCCAAGAUAGGAGAGGACAGGAGUGGAUUACUACUUACAGAAGAGUUGGAAUAUGUGCAGGAACAGCGACCUCUUCAAAAGAAAGAUAAAGAGAAGAUUUUUAUCCAUGGAAUCUUCCUCAAGCUCUGA